CACAGGCAAAUGCUUGAAAUUUCGUUAUUUGAACUGAGAAAGACUGUAACAGAACUAGAAGAAAGACUCAGCAGUGUUGAAGAUGAAGGUAAUGAAUGGAAAACCAGAUAUGAGACACAAGUAGAAUUGAACAAACAGCUGGAAAGGCAAAUUAAUAUUCUUCAAUACAAGGUGGAGCUCAUUCGUGGAAAACCAGCAGAUAAAUUGUCUGUUAUUCGCACCUUUGAUCAAAUGCCUGUGAGUUCCUUAAAGGAGGUUCUUAAACAACUAGAAGAAGAGAAGAAAAGUCUCCAGAAUCAGCUAAAAGACUAUGAACUUAGACUGGAACAAGAAGCAAAGGCAUAUCACAAAGCUAAUGACAAGCGGCGCAUGUACCUCUCAGAGAUCUUACAGACCUCAGCUACACGUAAAAUUGUUGAAAGGCGAAAAGCAAAUGCUCAGACAGGCAAAGGAGAAAACCAGAUCCUGAGAGGGAGAUACAGUGUUCCAGGAGACCCGAAGAUGGUUAACCCUCAAAAAGAAUCAAUUAAAAAGACCGUAGAAAUGAAGCAGCUUCCGAAACUAAAGCACUGA